AUGUCGCCGGAAUCUUGGGUUGUUAGGAGUCAGCCAUUUUUCAACUUCACCUCAAAAUUACCUUACAAUCCGUCAAGGAGAAUGUGGUGGAUGAGUGUUUCGGCGGUAAACACUGGCUACCUCCGAUUUCCCUCCACGUCUAAACGUAAAUGUAUGGGUCCAUGCUCUUUCAGAGGCCUUCUAGUUUCAAGGUAUGAGAAAGAUGGGAAGCUGUUUGACAGAGUACGAUUGAGAUGUUCAGGUCGAAGAGAUGCUUGUUUGCUUGGUGAAAGUUCUUCUUCAAAAGCAAAUUCGAACUUCAUUCAAGAAUUACUCAAGAAGGGAAUCAUUCUGGUUGCAACGGUUUAUGUAUGUCGGCGAGUUUUAACGGUUGAAGGUGUGGAAAAGGCAAGAUAUGGGGUUAUUGGACCAAGCACUGCAUGGCCUAAAGUGGCCAAAGUCCUUCAGGUCUUUAAGGACCAGGGUUUGACACUGGCAAUCCUUUUGGGUCUUUCAGCUUUCUUCUCAAUGGCAGAGACUUCCAUUACCACCCUUUGGCCUUGGAAGGUCUGUGAAUUGGCUGAAAAGGAGUCUGAAGAUGGCGUGUUCAAAUUACUUCGGGCUGACGUCACUCGGUUCCUUACCACUAUACUUAUUGGCACAACUGUCGUCAAUAUUGGAGCAACUGCUCUGGUCACAGAUGCUGCAACUACAAUAUUUGGUGAAGCUGGUCUUAGUGCAGCAACAGGAGUGAUGACAGUCGCCAUUUUGCUUCUCACUGAAAUUACUCCAAAAAGUAUAGCUGUUCAUAAUGCCACAGAGGUGGCUCGGUUUGUGGUCAGGCCAAUAGCAUGGCUUUCCCUCCUAUUGUAUCCUGUAGGAAGAGUUGUCACUUAUCUUUCAAUGGGGAUGCUGAAAUUGCUCAGCUUAAAGGGAAGAAGUGAACCAUAUGUAAGUGAGGAGGAGCUAAAAUUGAUGUUAAGAGGAGCAGAGUUAAGUGGGGCAAUAGAGGAGGAAGAACAGGAUAUGAUUGAAAAUGUGUUGGAGAUAAAAGACACACAUGUUAGAGAAGUUAUGACACCUCUUGUUGCUAUAGUUGCAAUUGAUGCCGGUGCUACCCUUGCUGAUUUUCAUCACUUAUGGCUUACUAAUCAGUAUUCAAGGAUACCUGUUUUUGAGCAACGAGUAGAUAAUAUAAUUGGUAUUGCAUAUGCAAAGGAUCUUCUGGAUUAUGUUCAGAAGGGUGAGCUACUAGAAAGUACUACCGUCGGAGAUAUGGCUUGCAAGCCUGCAUAUUUGGUCCCUGAUUCAAUGUCUGUCUGGGAUCUGCUUAGAAAGUUUCUAAUUCAAAAGAUUCACAUGGCUGUUGUUCUUAAUGAAUAUGGUGGAACUGUGGGAAUUGUUACUCUCGAAGAUGUUGUUGAAGAACUUACUGGUGAAAUUUAUGAUGAAAAGGACUCAAAGGAGGAGAUUCAAAAAAAAUCUGGUUCCAUUGUUAUGCGAUCUGAGGGAGUAUUUGAUGUGGAUGCAAACACAUCUAUAGCUCACCUUUCUGAAGAAUUGAAAAUCAAGAUGCCAGAGGGCCACCAGUAUGAGACAGUAUCAGGCUUUGCAUGUGUAGCAUUCGAUUGCAUCCCAAAAACUGGUGAGACCACCAAAGUUAUUGUUGAAAAGAAAAAUGAUGACAACAACAAUGAAUCAGAUACUGAACACCAGGAUUUAAAGCAAAAGAAGCUGACAAUCAAACUUGAGAUUCUAGCAGCAAAUGCUAGAAAAGUGAGUGUUGUUCGGUUUGAACUGAUGAAUAGUGAUGAAGAAAUGUCGGAGGCUGAAGCAAAAAAUGCUCUCUUUUGGAGGAGAUUGAGUUUUGGUUCCUUCUCUUCUAUUUGGCAUGUUGUGCGUCCUUUUUGA